AGAAGGUCAUUGCUGUGGUCAUGGACCUCUUCACCGAUGUCGACAUCUUCCAAGACAUUGUGGACGCUGCCUCUAAGCGCCGUGUCCCCGUGUACAUCAUCCUGGAUGAGUCGGGCGUGAAGUAUUUCCUGGAGAUGUGUCAGGGCCUGGAGCUCACGGACUACCGUAUUCGGAACAUCCGUGUCCGCUCGGUGACGGGCGUUGGCUUCUACAUGCCCAUGGGGAAGAUCAAAGGGACCCUGUCAUCAAAGUUCUUAAUGGUAGAUGGUGACAAAGUAGCCACGGGAUCUUACAGGUUCACCUGGAGUUCCUCUUACGUGGACAGGAACCUCCUCCUCCUCCUGACGGGGCAGAACGUGGAGCCCUUCGACGUGGAGUUCCGGGAGCUGUACGCCAUCUCCGAGGAGGUGAACUUGUACCAGCAGCUGAGCCUGGCAGGAGGCGCAGGCAUAUUCGGCCCUUACUCCUCCACGGUGGCUCGCAAGCUCAUCAACCCCAAGUACGCCCUGGUGUCCGGGAGCCGCCACCCGCCGGGGGAGAUGAUGCGCUGGGCUGCCCGGCAGCAGCGGGAGGCUGGCGGCAACCCAGAGGGGCAGGAAGAGGGCAGUGGAGGCAGCGAGUCAGCCCAGCGCCUGGAGAACUUCCUGAAUGACCUGGUCACGCUGGAGCAGGUGCUGCCCCCCGUGGAGCCCGUGCCCUCGGGAGAGCUGAGUCGGAAGCCUGGCAGGGUGGUCUCUCCCCGAGAGGCUCUGGCCCAAAAUGGCAAGGGAGAAGCGCUCAACGGCGAGGCCGCCCAGGCCAAGGAGGGCAAGCGCUUGAGCUCCAGGUUCUUCAGCCGCCGGGCCAAGAGGCCUGCAACGUCCAACGGCACGGCCAGCUCCCUCUCCACGGAGAACUUCGCUGAAGUGGAGUUCAAGGGGAAGAGGACCAACGAGGGCUCCGGUGCCAACGCCUCAGGUAAAUCAAGUCCCAAUCCUGCCAAGUCCAGCAAUUGCGUGAUUUCCUGAGCCUCGGGCCAGUGGUGGGCAGGACCCGGAUGCCCCGCUGCCCCGUUUUGUGGAGAACACAGGUCAAACCCUGCACCAGUUUGCACAUCGGACCCCUACUGCCUCCUGCCCAGCAGUCUCCAUCCUGGCCUCAGGGACCCUGCCUCCCAGAUGUGAGGAUCGGCCGCGUCUCAAGGCAGCCACGCGCCUCCACAAGACUCUCGCUGUCUGGGCAGGGGUCGCUCUUCCUUGUUUACAUGAAGUGGAAGCUUGA